AUGGCGUGCGGGGAUCUGAAAAGGACUCUGGAUUUCCACCCGCUGCUGAGCCCGGCGGCCCGGAAGCGGCGGCGAUGUGCGCCUUUGUCGGCGCCCGCCUCUCCCGCCGCCGCCGCCUCGCGGCUGAAGCACCUCCGAAUGGAGCCGGCCCCCUUCCGCGACGUCUCCCGCCUCACCACGGAACAAAUUCUGCACAACGUAAAGCAGGAGUAUAAACGCAUGCAGAAGAGAAGACAUUUAGAGACUUGUUUUCAACAGACGGUUCCAUGUUGUACUUCGGAUGCACAGGCACAUGCAUUUCUCCUCCGUGCACCGGCUUGGCCAGGGACUUCAUCUGGAACAUCCUCACCUUUAAAGAAAGAACAGCCCUUAUUCACCCUAAGGCAGAGUGGGAUGAUCUGUGAAUGCUUGUUGAAAGAACAUGAAGAGAAAGUUCGAGAAGAGUAUGAAGAAAUACUGAACACAAACCUUGCAGAACAAGAUGAUGCAUUUGUGAAGUUUAUGCAUGAUCAAAUAAUGCGACGAUACGGAGAACAGCCUGCUAGUUAUGGUUCAUGAAUCACAUUUUCUGCAUUUGCGGGCUGCCUUGUUCCUUGUUGAAUUGUUGCAAGAGGUCCCAAUUAUGACAUACAGCAAUGGGAAUACCCCCCUGUGAAUACAGGUUAUUUCAAGCUUUCGUCAGUGA